AUGGGAGACGACUCGCCAAAAAAUAAAGUAAAGUUCCUCUGCAGCUACGCCGGCAAGGUCCUUCCACGACCCUCCGAUGGGAUUCUAAGGUACGUCGGCGGCGAGACUCGGGUGGUUUCAGUGCCUCGUGACGUGACCUUCUCCGAGUUGAUGAAGAAGGUGGGGAGCAUGGUGGAGGGGGAGGUGGUGCUCAAGUACCAGCUUGUCCCGGAAGAUCUGGACGCGUUGGUGUCUGUUAGGACGGAGGAAGAUGUGAAGCACAUGAUCCAGGAGCACGACCGCCACCACAUAGGAUUGCUCCGUGCAUUCCUCUUUCCCUCUAACAAGAUGUGUUUGGCUGCGUCGGAAACCUAUCCAUUGGAGCAACGUUACAUCGACGCCGUGAAUGGGAUCCUGAGAACAAGCCCUAAGGCCACGACCAGGGGCUCUGCGUGUUCUUCCCCGAAAUCAAUCUCACCAGAUGCAGGGGAUCAGUACUCCCCUCGCUUUGGCAAUUCGAUAUCCAUAUCCAGUGCGAUGCAGAUGCAGAGAGUGCGAAGCUCUCCCAGCCUCUCCAACAUGGAUCAGCAAGCUCAUUACCACCAACAUUCCCAUCUCCCUUUUCACAACUAUCCAUCUUUCUCUACCACUAGACCCCCCCAAGAUCCUCAAAUAACAAGACUUGGUGGAAGGGGUGCCUCCUUCAACCACCACCACUCAAACCCCAGACAACCCCCCAGAGGACUAGGACCCUACGGCUACCCUGACGACUCUGCAACUUAUGGGAAUGCCCUUCAUAACAUCCCCAGAAGUCCCAGAAGAAAAUCUAUAUGGGAGUAA